AUGAUUGGCGUCGCCUGGCCGUUGGCGCUGGUGUCCCUGGCCCUGGGGGAAGGCCGGCAAGGUGAGCCGGGCGACUGGGGCUGGGCGGAGAUCUUCUGUAGUGCUUCUGUCUUCUUCUUGGAGACACCACAUGUCUGGAGUUCAGCCAUCGAAAGCCAGGAAUUUUUCGCAGGCAUUAAGUUACAACCUGAACAGAACACUAUAUCAGAAGAUGGGACAGAAUACCAGUUGAGAAUGGAGAGUACAAUUCCUAUUACUUGCUUCGGGUUACAUGAGCUUGAUCAUGAAUGCAAAAUUUCAUUAAAACUGAAAACUAUUGAUCAAGGUAAAGAACAGGUAGGCUUAAAUUUGGCACUCUCUUCCUGUCACAUGGACCUUCAUCAGACAUCAUCCUGUGAAAACGGAACCUGUAGCCAUGCUUUUGUGUACUACACUGCUAUAGCAGAUUUUUCUCGAGAUGGAGAAAGGAUUACGAGCAUUUUGGUGGAUUCUAUAGUCAGUGAGGAUUUCCUGUGGAACAGCUACAUUCCGGACGGCAUCCAGAUCAAAGUAAAGGAUAUCCCAACUGCCUACUGCUACUCAUUUACUGACCCUCAUAUCAUUACAUUUGACGGCAGAGCUUAUGAUAAUUUCAAGACUGGAACAUUUGUCCUCUACAAGAGUGUGUCCCGUGAUUUUGAAGUCCACAUACGUCAGUGGGACUGUGGAAGCCUUCACCAUCCUGUGUCCUGUAACUGUGGAUUUGUUGCCAAGGAAGGAGGCGAUGUGGUUACUUUGGAUAUGUGCAGUGGGCAGCAACAUGAGUCACGGCCAUAUUUGUUUGUAAAGAGCCAAGAGGAAACGAGCACUCUCAGGAUAAGUGAGGCUUACUUAGGAAGAAAAGUCACGAUUUGGUUUCCUUCUGGAGCAUUUAUCCGCGCUGAUCUGAGUGAGUGGGGCAUGAGUUUAACCAUCAGGGCCCCUAGUUCAGAUUACAAAAACACAUUGGGACUUUGUGGCACCUUUGACGGAAACCCAGAAAAUGAUUUCCAUGAUAAAAAAGGGAUCAAAAUUGAUAAUAGACUUAAUGAUCUUGUUGCUUUUAUUAAUGUAUGGAGAAUUUCACCAGGACAGAGCAUGUUUGAUAUACCACCGAUUCCUCUGACAUCAUCUGGGAAAAUAUCUUAUUGCAACUGUUCAGCAGGUGCUGCUUCACUGCAUCUGUCUUCUAAUUUUCUGGACAAUGUCUAUCGGUCAGAACUUGUUUCACGUUGCAGAGGUAUCAGCCAUGGUAGAUUCUCUUCUUUGAUUCCAGAAUUAGAUAUCACCUCUGAGGAUAUCAAUUCAGAAGCUCUUUUCAGAAAUAUAAACCAGGAUAUAUCUGAAGAAAACGAUUUGAAUUCUUUUCCUCAAGAGAAAAAGCACAUAAACCUAAGUAAAGUGGACUUAUAUUUACAAACGCAUCCUGGCAAUGAAAUACGAGAUGUGAAAGCCAUUUUGGACAAGCAGGGACACACGCAAGACCAGGGAAGCGACGUCCAAGAAAUGGGGUGGAAACCACAAAACAGAUGGAAGCGACAUAGCUUUGAUGAGUUUCCUCCUUUGUUUGCUUUACAAAGUCUCAGCCAGAUUGGCCUAGAAGAGUUUAGCUAUUUUUUCCCAGAGGACCAUUCGGAUGAUGUCCAACAAGAGUUUUUCCCUUCCUGGCCCACACCCUCUGGUCUCUCUGAACAGGACACUUGGGCCCUCUGCCGGCAGACUGUAGCCAACUCCAGCAUAGGAAGACACUGUCUUGCUUUUCUUGGCAAGAGAUUGGACAGUGUUAUAGAGAUGUGUGUUAAGGAUGUCCAGUUAAAAGAUGAUCUUAGCUGGCUAGAAGCAGGUGUGGCCCUUUUAGAAAAUGAAUGUGAAAAGAGGAUUUUGGAAGAGGGAAAAUAUACCACAGAAGAAUAUGGCAAGUUGAUUGAAGACAUUCUUUGGGUAUUAAAAUGCCCGAAUUUGUGCAGUGGCCACGGACAGUGCAUGGAAUGGGGAUGCGCGUGUUUCCCGGGCUUUGGUUCCUAUGAUUGCAGCAGUGCGUAUGACAAAGCUCCUGAAAUUAUAGAGCUUGAGAAUGCUGGAUUUUGUGAUGUUCAAAAAUAUAAUUGUGCAAUGGUGAGAGUUUUUGGAAUAGGUUUCAAAGAAUUAUCAUCAAUUAAAUGUGAAGUCACUAAACUGCAGUAUAAUAGCAGUGAAUGGGUCUUUGGAGAUCCCACCUACGUCCACACUGUUUUUCAAAGCAGCAGAAUUAUUGAUUGUCAGCUUCCCACUGAUAUCUUUCAAUCUGAUACCACGAGUCUGUUGGGCGAGAAACCAAUUGUUAAGUGGCAAAUAAAGGCAUCUAAUGAUGGUUAUAGAUUCAGCAAUCCCAAAAUAAUGACCAUAUAUGAUAGCACUUGUCAAGUUUGUGGUCCCUAUGAAAAUGAUUCAUGCACUAUGAAGGAAAAAGUCUGCUUUAUUGAUGGUCUCUGCUAUGUUGAAGGGGACAGAAAUCCCACCAGCCCUUGUUUGAUAUGCAGAUCUAACAUUUCAAAAUUUACCUGGUCAUUUUUAGAAAACAACCAGCCUCCAGUGAUUCAAGGACUACAAGACACAUUUCAGGUGUUUUAUGGGGAAAGCUUCGUGUACCAAUUCAUGGCCGUUGAUCCAGAAGGCUCUGACAUCCAUUUUACCUUAGUCUCUGGUCCUGAAGGAGCAAGUGUUUCCCCUACAGGACUGCUUGUGUGGGAGAGCCCGUCGCAUAGCCCUCAGCAAUUUACAUUACACUUUAAUGAUGACUGUAAUGCUGAAACUAGAGUCAUGAUCGAGGUGACGGUGAAGUCUUGUGCUUGCUUGAACGGUGGGUCAUGUGUGUCUGAUACUCACUCUUCCCCGGGAAGUGGGGCACACCUGUGUGUCUGCUUGCCUGGCUUUCAGGGUGAUCAUUGUGGAGUAGACAUCGCUGACUGCCAGUCUAGCCCCUGUGGCCGUGGCAGAUGUGUUCGUGGUGUUCACAAUUACUCCUGUGAUUGUCCAUCUGAGCUCAAAGGCAAAAAUUGCCAGGAAGAUGUCGAUGAGUGUGAAUCCAGCCCCUGCUUUCCAAAAGUAGAGUGCUUCAAUACCUUUGGCGCCUAUCAUUGCGGUUCAUGUCCAAAAGGACUUUAUGGUGAUGGAAAAGUGUGUCAUGAGGUAGAGUUUCAGCCACCAUCAACUGAGAAUUCACUAAGAGUUACCCAGAGUCCUACUACUAUCAAAACGGUUUUGGACACAACCAACCACUUCUCACACUUACUGAAAUCAACUGCAACUCAAAUGAAUAAUUCCAAGAAGUUUAUUCCCCAUCAUGUGUCUGAUUUUCAACAUUUGGAUCAAGCUCUCAACACAAACCCCAGUCUGGAUGCAUUGGAAGUGCCUACGAACAAUCUCAACUCUUUAAGCUCCCUUGGCAAAGCCAAGGAUGUUGUGCAGAGCACCAUCCAAACAGAGACAGAAGGGUAUGAUUCUCAGGUUGACAGAUCUUCCCACGGCGAUGCACAUUAUAAGGAGGGGCUUACAUCAUCAGUCACUAGAGCAAUCACUGUCUUGCCAGAAAAGCCUGGGCCCACCAAAUUAUCACCUUGUGCUGAUUCACCUUGUUUCAUUGGUGUUUCUUGUGUGGCAACCUCAGAUGGCCACUUCAAAUGUGGACGCUGUCCAUUUGGAUUUUACGGAGAUGGUAUCAAUUGCCAAGCCAUUUGUAAACACCCAUGUGGAAAAAGCAGGGAAUGUGUUGCCCCAAAUAUAUGUAAAUGUAAGCCUGGUUACACUGGUUCUAACUGCCAAACAGCUGUAUGUCACCCAGAAUGUAAAAACCAUGGAAAAUGUGUUAAGCCAAACGUUUGUGAAUGUCCUCCAGGACAUGGUGGAACAACCUGUGAUGAAGGUGUGGUUUGUGGCAGACACUGUGAAAAUGGAGGUGAGUGUCUUGCACCAGAUGUUUGCCAGUGCAAGCCUGGCUGGUAUGGCCCCACCUGUAGUACAGCUUUGUGUGACCCGGUUUGUCUCAACGGUGGUUCCUGCAAGAAGCCAAAUACUUGUCUCUGCCCAAAUGGAUUCUUUGGUGCACAGUGUCAGAAUGCUAUCUGUCACCCUGCUUGUAAGAAUGGUGGUUACUGCGUGAGAAAUAAUGUCUGCUCCUGUCCUGAAGGAUAUGCUGGCAAGAGAUGCCAAAUCAGUAUCUGCGAUCCUGUGUGUAUGAAUGGAGGGAAAUGUGUGGGACCAAACAUUUGCUCUUGUCCUUCCGGUUGGAAAGGAAAGCAAUGCAACAUACCUAUCUGCUUUCAAAGAUGCAAGAACGGUGGUGAAUGUAUUGCUCCAAGCAAGUGCCAUUGUCCUGCUACCUGGGAAGGGAUCCAGUGCCAAAUACCAAUUUGCAAUCCCAUGUGUCUUAAUGGAGGCAGAUGUCUAUUACCCAAUGUGUGUUCUUGCCACACUGGAUAUUCUGGAGUCCGAUGUGAAAAGAAAAUUCAGGUAAAACACCAUUGAGUCACAUCAAAUAUAUAAAUUACAAGCCUGUGUCAUAAGGAAUGAGUUUUUCUAUUCAGAAGAGUGAAG